AUGACAGGGACAGAUCUCACAACGGCGAAGGAGGUGGUGAAGGAGUCAUUGUUGGGCUCAACUGUGGCAGAGGAUAUUCAACUUUCCGCUCAAUCGAAAGCUACGUUUGAGAAGAAUUCGCGGAAGGAUGAGUCUGGUACGGAGGAUUAUAUGACUGAGGAGGAUUUUGUAAAUGCCAUUGCGCCGGAAGGAGAAGAUUAUCAUAAAAUCAAACGAGAACAAUAUGCAAUUCUAUUCCGUGUAGCCGAUCAAAGAAAUACUGGUAAAAUCAGUUUACAUGAUUGGGGAACUUUCGAAAAUCUCCUUGCCAAACCCGACGCCGAAUAUGAGAUCGCAUUCCGUCUUUUCGAUGUCGAGCGAACCGGCACUGUCAAAUAUGAUGAUUUGAAGAAGUUAUAUGAAUUGAACAAGGGACCAGAUACCAUACCUUUCGAUUGGAGUUGCGAAUGGGCUACUUUAUACAGUGGAGGAAAGAAGAGAAGACAUGAUUUGACUUAUCCACAAUUCUCGCAGAUGCUUCGAGGGUUACAAGGAGAGAGAAUACGUCAAGCUUUCCACCAUUUCGAUAAAGAUGGAGAUGGAUAUAUUGAGCCAGAGGAGUUCCAAAGAAUUAUUCUCGAAACUGCGAAACAUAAGCUCUCGGAUCAUCUUCUCGAAAAUUUACACACUCUCUGCAAUAUCUCGGCUGGUAGCAAGAUUUCAUAUGCAAAUGUUCGAGCUUUCCAAAAUAUGAUUAGGGAGAUGGAUUUGGUGGAGAUGGUCAUUAGACAGGCAACUGCAGAAAGCACCGAUGGAAAGAUUACCAGAACCGAUUUCUUAAAUGAAGCUGCAAGAAUUACUAGAUUUUCUCUCUUCACUCCUAUGGAAGCCGAUAUUUUAUUCCACUUUGCCAGUCUGGAUAAUCCUUCUGGCAGACUCGGAUUAUCUGAUUUCGCAAAGGUCCUCGAUGCCUCAUGGCGCAAUCCUUUGUAUAAUGCCUACGAAAAAAGGGCUAAUGGCAAUGGUGUGAAAGCAGCUGGUGGAAGUGUUCUGUAUAGCGUUCUCGAAUCUGUACAUCAUUUCGCAUUGGGAAGUUUAGCCGGAGCUUUUGGCGCAUUUAUGGUAUACCCCAUCGAUCUCGUCAAGACACGUAUGCAAAAUCAGAGAUCUUCAAGAGUUGGAGAAAUGUUGUACAAGAAUUCUUGGGAUUGUGCUAAGAAGGUUGUGCGAAAUGAGGGGUUCAAAGGUUUAUAUUCUGGUGUUUUACCACAACUUGUUGGUGUUGCUCCAGAAAAGGCUAUUAAAUUGACAGUCAAUGAUCUUGUUCGUGGUCAUUUCUCCACCAAGGAUGGCAAGAUUCAACUCAAGCAUGAAAUUCUUGCUGGUGGUAUGGCCGGUGGUUGUCAAGUGGUCUUCACUAACCCCUUGAGAUUGUCAAAAUUCGUCUACAAGUUCAGGGAGAAGUCGCCAAAAGUGUUGAAGGCACUCCUCGCCGCUCAGCUAUGUGGAUCGUUCGUAACCUUGGUCUUGUCGGUCUCUACAAAGGAGCGUCAGCAUGUCUCCUCCCGCGACUUCUUUGGUGAAAGUCAGACCAAAAAAUUGGGUGUCGUGCAUUUAUUGACUGCAGGUGCCAUUGCUGGUAUGCCAGCUGCUUAUUUGACCACGCCUUGUGAUGUCAUCAAAACCAGAUUACAAGUUGAAGCCAGAAAGGGAGAAUCUCAAUAUACAUCUCUUCGUCAUGCCGCAAAAACCAUCUUGAAAGAAGAAGGAUUCAAAGCAUUCUUCAAGGGUGGACCAGCUCGAAUCCUUAGAUCUUCCCCACAAUUCGGUUUCACAUUGGCGGCAUAUGAAGUCCUUCAAAAUCUUCUUCCAAUGCCAGGCCAUGCCCAGGAUGAGAGACCUCAUGUGGGUGUAGCUGGUGCGAGCGCAUUGCCAGGUCAGGAGGGGCCACUUCAUUAUUUGAGAAGCAGAAAUGCGUUGAAGAUUAUUUUAGAUUUGGAUCAGGAGUUUGGAAGAGUGAAGAUUCCGGGAAAGGAAAAGUGGAUGGGAUUACCUAGAGCGAUUGGUGGAAAUGGUGCUGGAAGUGCUUAG